CAAAUGCUCCAAGUGCAAUUGUAAUUGCGGCAGUAGUUACGGAAAGGCUCGAGUACGGCUCGAAUUAAUGGAUUUUCAGUUGACAAGAACUUGGUGAUGUUGCGGGCUUCCAGCAUGCAGUGGUAUUAAUCUAUGAUGUUUAUGCCGAUGAGAAGGGAUGACGCGACUCUCGAUGUUAAUGACAGUGGAGAGAGUGAUUCCUGUGGGGCUGAGGUCCUCCGUAUGCUCGCAGAGACCGAGAGCAAAUGGAUCCUCUGUCUGAUCACGUACAACACUGUGAUUAUCUACUACCUCUGUGGCUGGGUAACUUCGACCAACAGUAUAGCAUUGGGCGCCUACGUAAACCUAGUAUUUUUCAACCUAUUCUCCCUGUUGAUCUGUCUGGUCUCCAUUUGGGUGUCCAGGAAGACCCCAACUACAUUAGGAUCAUCUCCAGGACCUCCAGACAGGUCCCAUCGCGUUGGUCGAACGGGUCCAAUCGAGCAGACAACAUCUCUGUCAUGUUUGGGGCCCGAGAAAUACGAAGUUAUGACCCUUUUCGUGUCGUCCUGCCUCAUCCUCUUCGGUGGAUCCUUCAUCUCCGUGGAGAUCAUCCUGAGGGCUGGGGAUCAGCCCAGUGUUCACACUGGCAGACUGGGACUCGGGGCUCUCCUCGGUUUGCUCGCACACUUGGGAACGAUUCUCGUUUAUCCUGAUGCUGGAUUGAAUCACGUGGUCUGCAUGGCACUGCCAUGUGCAACCUUCAGGGAAUGCAAUCCAAUUUUAGCCGCCAAUAUCCUCAGCUCUGUCAUCCUCUGUGCGGCCCACUCUGUCAUUCACAUUUGGGACCUUUAUGUCGCCGACACGGCAGCUGCUUUCGCGGUGAUUGGGCUGACCACAGCGGCGAUGUUACCACUUGCCUUUUACACGCUCUGCGUAAUACUUCAGAAAGUGCCGCAUCAUAUGAUCGAGAAGCUGGAUAAGGCCCUGCGGGAGGCCCUUGAUAUCGAUGGAGUUCUCGAAUUCAGGAACGAACGAUUUUGGACUAAAUCCUUUGGAAAACUCGCAGGUACCCUGGACGUCAGACUCCGGAGGAACGUUAACGAAGAGCAUGUCCUCGAAACAGUGAUGAAACAUCUCUCCCAGAUAGUGUCAUCCCUGAAGAUCCAGGAAUUUCGAGACACCCGUAUCGCAUCAACUCCAUCAGACUAUCAUCCAGCCGAGUAUUACAUCGAGGAGAUUCUCCAGUUGCAUGACAGGAAUCAUGACACGUGUACACACAAGUGGAACUCAAGGUGGAAUGAAACCAUCUGUGGUGACGUGACUGUCAUAAAAAUCGAUGAUAUACUCGGUUCAACGAGCGACGUAGGGACUUUUGCGAGUGUUCGUGAGGAUGACGGAGUCAAGUGCACGAGGAUCGUGAGAAAUCCAAUUGUCUAUAAAAAUAACGUUAGAGUAGCCGAUCACUUGGUUAAGGGUAACCCAGGAGAGGGUAAUGCACUCAUUCUUCAGUCUAUGGGCCAGGAAUUUGAUGGUCUCUGCUGCGUGGAAUUGCUUGAUCACUAGGUUUAAUUGAGUCGUCGAUUUGUUGAAAUAAAAUUUCAGUUGGUGGAGGUGUUGAAAUAAAAUGUUGGUACGUUGCUAUUGGUGGGUGUUUGGGAUCAUUGAAUGAUUGGGUUCAAUAAAUUAUUUUUAUUUGA